CACUCAGAUUCAGAACUGAAAAGAAAUACAAAUGUUUGGACUACAGCACAUCUGGGACUGCAUUCUGCAGUAUGAGGCCCAGCUAAGGUCUCCAUUUUUCCCAGUCCUCUUCUCUAUUACAGUCUACCUAAGCUUCUGCCUGCCUUUUGUCCUUCUGGAUGCCCUGUCUCCAAAGGUAGAACUGAUAAGGAGAUACAAGAUCCAACAGAAAGCCAGCGUGUCUUGGACUAUGAUGUGGAGCUGCCUGGCACUCUCCCUCUACAACCACGCAGUGUACAUCUUCCCGCUGAGUGUCCUGCACUGGUACUGGAGACCUGUCAGCUACCUAGCGGAGGCACCUGGGGUUUUGCGAGUCAUCUGGGAUCUUGCUGCCUGCCUGCUUCUGUUUGACUUCCAGUACUUUGUGUGGCAUCUUCUACAUCACAAAGUGCCCUGGCUUUACCGGACUUUCCAUAAGGUGCACCACAAAUACACAUCCACCUUCGCUCUGGCCACUGAGUACUCGGGGGCUUGGGAGACCCUGUCUUUGGGAUUCUUCGCUGCAGUGAAUCCCAUGCUGCUUGGAGUUCAUCCUAUGACGGAGAUGCUCUUCCACAUGCUGAACAUGUGGCUGUCAGUUGAGGACCACUGUGGCUAUGACCUGCCAUGGGCCACGCACAGACUUGUGCCUUUUGGACUUUACGGAGGAGCUCCACACCAUGAUGUCCACCAUCAAAAGUUCAAGUCCAACUAUGCUCCAUACUUCACUCACUGGGACAAGCUUUUUGGGACACUGCACUUUGAAUGAACAGAACAUUUAAAACCAACUCUUUUUUGUAAAAAGUUCUUUCUCAUUCUGUGAAUGAAUACUUUUGACUCUAAAACUGUAUAGAAGAUUAUUUAUAAUUCAGAGCUGUUUGAUGUAUUUAUCUAUUUAUUGAACAUCUGCAUUUAAGUGUGACUGUAAAAAAAUCUGAGAUGUUAGACAUUAUUGAAGCAUGUGUUAAUCAUAAUAUAUUUAUUUUUUUAUAAGAUUGUUGUUUUGCAUUUAUAAGGUUGUGUUGUCGUUAUAACGAAAUGUA